GCAUCGGGUCCAUCUGUACAGCUCUCUCUGCUCACAAGAAACACUGAGCGAUCGUCAGUCAGCACUGUCACUUUCAACUGACAAGGAAAUGCACUGACCAAGCACGAGGCAGGAGAACGCGAGAGAAAGUCCAGUUUGUAGGCGUCUUCUAACCUACCAAGCACCCUUGUACAAUUGUGGAUUAUAUUGGUGUCGAGUAAAACGCUAACAUCCCGACGAUGGAGGAGUCCAGUUCCCAAAAAAUGGUCUGGGGUGGAGAAGCCAAGGCAAUGCAGCAAUGUUUAACGGAUAUUUUUACCAGUGUUUAUACAACCUGCGACAUUCCUGAAAAUGCCAUCUUUGGACCGUGUGUUCUGAGCCACACUUCUCUCUAUGACAGCAUCGCUUUUAUUGCUCUGAAAUGCACAGAGAAGCGAACUGCACCUUACAUAUUCAGGGUGGACACUUCUGCUGCAAACAGCACCUCUGAGGGAUUGAUGUGGCUGAGAUUAGUCCAGUCUUCCAGGGAUAAAGAAGAGCAAAAUCUGGAAGCCUAUGUGAAAAAUAAACAGCUGUUUUACAGAUCUCUCAGAAGAAUUGAAAAGGAUGAGGAGCUGCUUGUUUGGUAUGGAAAGGACUUGCUUGAGUUGCUUCUUCUGAGUUCCAGCAAAGCAAAAAUGAAAGGAUCUCCUCCAUAUUCUUGUCAAGACUGCAACCAGCGCUUCCAGUUUGAGUACCCUUUCCUUGCACACCUGAGAUUCCGCUGUACCAAGAGACUACAGGGCUCUCUCUCUCCAGAUGAAAAUGUGAAGGAAAUCACCGACCAUCUUAACCACAACCUAGUGAGAUCUAGCCCCAAAUUAGGCCGAUCAGAAGUAUACUCAAACUCACAAGAAGGAAAACCAACUACAGACUUUCAUAACCUAGCCAGGGAUCUAGAGAACCACAGAUCAUCUCCAAAGAGUGACCAGGAGGCUGAAAUCACAAGUGAAGGCAGCAACAAGAGAAAAUUUUCAGAGCUAGCGGAAAGCAAGAAUGCCAACUUGCAGCGGUUGCACGCUUCAAAAGAAGAUUUAGUGUGCACGCCGCAGCAACUCAGGGGAGGCUAUAUAGAUUUGGAAAAAAACAAGAAGAUAUUUUCCCCGACAAGUUCAGAACCCAGAGAAAGCAAAAGGAGUGCUUUCACAGAGGUCAAGAAAAUCUCAAUGGAUCUUAAACAAAGCACUAAAAACCUUGGGCCUAACAUAGAAAACAAGGAUAGCGGCCGGCCCAGUGGUAGCCCAAUAAACAAACACCUGAACAUCAGGCAAAUUUUGACUGAAACACAAGUCCAUUCCCGCAUAGAUGGCUCUUCACUGGGAAGUGCUUUCACAUCUGUUCCCCAGCAGCUUUGUGGUUCCUCUGAGAGAAAAAGUGCUUUCAGCCAACCAACCAGGUCCUUUUCUCACUUGUCACCCCUUGUGAUGACCCCUAAGCUUCUCCCAACAGUGGACUGCCACUCUUCCAUUGGGGACAGCAUCCCAUCCAGCAGACUCUAUCAAGCAGAUAAUUUAACUGCCAAGCUGCAAAGUUCAGAGCUCAGCAGCAAUUGCACAGUUCAAAGUGGCAUCCCAAAGCAAAGCCCUUUCGUUUACGCCACAGCUUUUUGGCCAAAGACCUCUGGACCUAUUCAGCUGCAGAUGCCCUCAGCUCUCACUCUUUUACCCCCUUCUUUCACGUCCCUUUGUCUGCCUGCACAGAACUGGUGUGCGAAAUGUAACGCUUCAUUUCGAAUGACUUCUGACCUCGUUUACCACAUGAGGUCUCACCACAAAAAGGAAUUUGCAAUGGAACCUUUGGUGAAGAGACGACGAGAGGAGAAACUAAAGUGCCCAAUCUGCAAUGAAUCCUUUAGAGAACGCCAUCACCUUUCUAGGCACAUGACUUCACACAACUAACUUUAUCAGAACUGUCUGCUUAACCACAGCUUGAAACUGGGACUAAAAUAUGUUUCGAAAAAGACAUUGUGAACGCACACAUUUUCACCUUCUGAAGGACUUUUUACAAGUGUCAUGUGUCAAAGUAUGCAAAUGAAUUUUGUCAAAAAAAAUGUAAUUAUUUCCACUUAACUUGUGAAGCACUUAUCAUUUAGAAGUAUGGGUGACCCAUAAACGUAUGUGUAAACAUAAGUUUUAUUUUAUAUAUAAAGUAAAUGAAUAAAGAUGUAGUUACAUUCCAUUGCUUUAUUUAAUGGUAUUUCAUGUUUUUACAAACAGGUGUUGCUAGAAUAAAACAUUAUUCAAGACAAUACUUGAGAGUGCAUGUAAUAUUGAAUAGAUAUGGAUUUCAAAUGCAAGCUGUAAAGUACAUUGUAAAUACCUGCUUUGUUUGAAUACAAGCGUGUAAUAUUUUGUGCUAGUGAGGAAUAGUUACAGUGUUUCUUCCUUUUGCUGAGAUUUAUUAUACGUGAUUGUUUAUCUAAUCAUGUUGAACGCUUUGACAAUAAAAUAGCUUUAUUUUCAUCACCACUUGUUGAAGUCGAUUUAUAUGUCAGCACAGUUAUCUAAACAUUUUGUAGCAUUAAACUGAGUGUAUAACACAAAGAUGAACAUGUAUUCUGUGUAACUCUUGACAUUUUUUUUUUCUACAAGGACUUUGAUAGUUUAAUUCGUACAGCCAAAUCAACGAU